GCUCUACAAUAUGUAAUCAGUGAUAUGCUGCAUUACUCCACAAUGUUUUUCUCAGUGGAUCUUCACUCCCUCCUUUCUGUCUCUCCUCUUGCUCUGUCUCUCUGUUAGCGCUAAUCUUUAGUCGUGCUCACAGUCUUACAGCUUCCUGCCUUUCCACAUCCCUCUCUCUCCCUCCGUCUUCCUCUCUGUCUCUCUCCCCUUCAGCAUCACUUCUUUCUCUUUCCCCAGUGAGGAUGACAUCCCUGAUUUUGAUGAACCAGCGCAGCUCAUUCUGGCUGCUGGCUUCUGAGGGAAACCCCACAUGAAUGGUUUCACUGAAGCAGGAGUUGCCGCAUCUGUGGAGGACCAAGUGCAAGACCUGUCAUCUGAAGCAGCUUCUCUACUGAUCUGCAUCCUUGGAGUGACAUUACUGCUCCCCAGAGAAAACUAAUCCUGAUUAUCAUCACUGCCAUCACUAUUACAGACUUCAUCCUUCGAUAUAACAGAUACAACCAGACACCUGCAGGAACUACAGCAGAUAACAAGUCACAGACAGCACCAACGGACACAUGUCACAGGUUGAACAGGAAAUUUCCCUUGUCCAGAGGAGAAUGUCUGACCUGGAGUCAGUUCUGCAGCAGAAGGAUAUUGAGUUAAAGGCCUCAGAGACCCAGAGGAGCAUCCUGGAACAGGACCUGGCCACCUACAUCACAGAAUGUAGUAGUCUGAAGCGCAGUUUGGAACAGGCCCGUAUGGAAGUGUCACAGGAGGAUGACAAAGCUCUGCAGCUCCUCCACGACAUCCGUGAACAGAGCAACAAGCUCCAGGAGAUCAAGGAGCAGGAAUACCAUGCUCAGCUGGAGGAGAUGAGAGUGACCAUCAGGCAACUGGAGGAGGACCUGUCUGCCGCUCGACGUCGCAGUGACCUGUACGAGGCUGAGCUGAAAGAUUCUCGUCAGACCAGCGAGGAACUGAAAAGAAAAUCUGCAGAUUAUCAGCACAGGGUGCAGAAGGCCAGAGAACAGGGAAAAGCAGAGUCAGAUGAGGCGAUCACCAAACUGGAGAAGACCAAUGCUGAGCAGCAGUCAAAGAUUAAUGAACUCCAAGAGAAGCUUGCCAAAGCAUCAAAGGCGAGCUAUGAGGCCACAGAACUGCUGCAGAACAUGAGAGUUGCCAAAGAGAGGAUGGAGCGAGACCUGGAGAGACUCCAGAACAAAGAAGAUUCCACUGACAGCCUGCGCCGACGCCUACGGGAGACAGAGGAUGGAAGGAAGACCCUGGAAAACCAGGUCAAAAGACUGGAGAUAGUUGAGCGACGGGAGACAAAGAUAAAGGAUGAAAUCCAAAGCAAGACUCAACAGAUUCAGCAGAUGGCAGAUAAGAUUCUGGAGCUGGAGGAGAAUCUUCGAGAGACUCAGGCCACGGCUCAACGCUUUGAGACUCAUCUAAAGCAGAAGGAGAAGCUCUAUGAGGACAAGAUAAAGGUGCUGGAAGCUCAGAUGAAGGCGGACAUGGCAGAUAAGGAGAUGCUAGAGUCCAGUCAGAGCAAGUAUGAGGAGGAGGUGCGCGAAAAGUGCAGCAUCAUCAGUGAACAGAAGGCGACCAUAAAUGCCAUGGACUCAAAGAUGAACAGCCUGGAGCAGAGAAUCGCUGAGCUGUCUGAGGCCAACAAGCUAGCAGCUAACAGCAGCAUCUACACACAGAAGAACAUGAAAGCCCAAGAGGAAAUGAUCUCUGAGCUACGACAGCAAAAGUUCUACCUGGAGUCUCAGGCUGGAAAAUUGGAGGCUCAAAAUGCCAAGCUGGAGGAGCAUCUGGAGAAAAUUAGUCAGCAGGAGCAAAGCAAUAAGAGCCGAGUGCUGGAGCUGGAAACCAGACUCAGAGAGAUGGGGCUGGAACACGAGGAACAGAAGCUGGAGAUCAAGCGUCAGGUGACAGAACUGACCAUCUCGCUGCAGGAGCGUGAAUCCCAGGUCAGUAACCUGCAGGCAUCUCGUCACGCUCUGGAGAUUCAACUGCAGCAGGCCAAGACUGAGCUGGAGGAGACCACUGCAGAGGCUGAGGAGGAGAUCACUGUGCUCAGAGCACACCGAGAUGAGAUACAGCGCAAGUUUGACACCUUGAGGGACAGCUGUGCGGUCAUUACAGAUCUGGAGGAACAGCUGACCAGACUGACAGAAGAGAACGCCGAGCUCAACCGUCAGAACUUCUACUUAUCCAAGCAGCUGGAUGAGGCCUCAGACGAGAGAGAAGAUCGUCUUCAGCUCAGCCAGGAUGUGGACCGACUGCGUCGAGAGGUGGCCGACAGAGAGAUGCACCUUAACAACCAGAAACAGAACCUUGAGACUCUGAAAACCACUUGCACCAUGCUGGAGGAGCAGGUCCUGGAGCUGGAGACCAUGAACGAUGAGCUGAUGGAGAAAGAAAGACAGUGGGACGCCUGGAGGACAACACUGGAGGACGAGAAGAAACAGGCUGAGAGAAGGACCAGGGAGAUCCAGAGGCUGUUGGACACAGAGAAACAAAAUAGAAUUCGGGCAGAGCAGCGCAGCUCUGAGUCUCGACAGGCUGUGGACCAGGCAGUGAAGGAGCACAAAGCUGAGAUCCUGGCCCUGCAGCAAGCCCUCAAGGACCAGAAGCUGAAAGCUGAAAGCCUCGCAGACACUUUGAAUGAUCUGGAGAAGAAACAUACAAUGUUGGAAAUGAAUGCUCGCAGUUUGCAGCAGAAGCUGGAGAGUGAGAGGGAUCUGAAGCAGAGACUACUUGAGGAGCAGGAGAAGCUGCAGCAGCAGAUGGAUGCCCAGAAGACCCACAUCUUCAGACUGACCCAGGGUCUGCAGGAUGCUCUGGACCAGACUGACCUGCUGAAAACUGAGAGGUCCGACCUGGAAUAUCAGCUGGAAAAUAUCCAGCUCCACCUGCAGGCUGUGUACUCCCAUGAGAAGGUGAAAAUGGAGGGGACCAUUACCCAGCAGACCAAGCUCAUUGACUUCCUCCAGUCCCAGGCUCACGGUGGCUCCAAGAAGAAGAAGGGUCUGUUUGGUCGCCGUCGUGAGGACCUAUUAGCUGCCAUGGCCGCUCAGGCCCAGGCUCAGGCCCAGGGUCAGGGUCAAGGCCAGGUGUCCCCGGUACCCCCCAUUCAGCCGGUUCCUGUGCAGUACACCGACAUGAAGCUGGCUCUGGACAAAGAACGUGCUCGCUGCUCUGAGCUGGAAGAUGCUCUGCAGAAAAUGAGAGCAGAGCUGAGAUCUCUGAGAGAAGAAGCACUCCAGUACAAAGACCACGGUAACUCUUCAAACCCACCGUCAUCACGUCAGCAGAUGAUCAUGUCGGCCAUGGUGAAAUCUCCUGAGCACCAGCAGGGUCCUCCAAACCUGGCCCCCGUUAACUCUGGACGCAGGAAGGAAACAGCAACACCUGAGGAGAGAAGGAGGGUCACUUUUGAAAAGUACAACCGUCGUCUGAAAGAGAGUCAGAGAGACAGAGAGAGGGAGAGGGAGAGAGUCAUGCACCACAGCACGGCCCAUCGCUUCACUGUGGGUCUCAACAUGAGGGCAGCCAAGUGCACUGUCUGUCUGGAUACAGUGCACUUUGGUCGACAAGCUGCCACCUGUCUGGAGUGUCACGCCUUGUGUCACCCCAAAUGCUCCCCCUGCCUUCCGUCUACCUGCGGCAUGUCCAGCGACUGCUCGCUGCAUCUGUCUGAGGGUCUGUGUCGAGACAAAGUACAGCAGCUGAAAGACGGCAGCGGACACAUGCAUGUGGAGGGAUGGAUGAAGCAGCCCAGGAACGGGAAACGAGGCCAAAGCUGGGAGCGGAAGUUUGUGGUCCUAGAUGGAACUAAAAUAUCAGUCUAUGAGUUGGAGCCCAGAGAAGACUCAGUGAAGCCUCUGGAGGAGUUUGACCUGUGUCUGUCAGAUGGAGAGGUGAUGGUUCAUGGAGCUGUUGGAGCGUCUGAGCUGCCAAACACAGCCAAGUCAGAUGUUCCUUAUGUCAUUAAACUGGAAACUCGGUGCCACGCCCCCUGUUGGCCUGGACAAAGUAUUUACUUCAUGGCUCAGAGUUUCCCAGAAAAACAGCGCUGGGUGUCAGUCAUAGAGACUGUGGUUACAAGUGGGCGAGCGUCGAGGGAGAAGGCUGAGGCUGAUGCAAAACUGUUGGGAAACUCUCUGCUGAAGCUGGAAGGAGACGACAGGCUAGACAUUAACUGCACUCUUCCUCUGACAGAUCAGAUCGUACUGGUAGGCUCUGAAGAAGGUCUGUAUGCCCUGAAUGUUAUCAAGAACUCCCUGACCCAGGUUCCCGGUCUUGGGUCAGUCUUUCAGAUCCACAUCAUCAAAGAGCAGGAGAAACUUCUGAUGAUUGUUGGUGAUGAGAGAGCUCUGUGUCUGGUGGAGAUAAAGAGAGUCAAACAGUCUCUGGCUCAGUCUCACCUGCCCAGCCAGUCUGAACUGGCUCCAUACAUCUUUGAGACAGUGAAGGGCUGCCAUCUCUUCUCUGCUGGGAGAGUAGACAAUGGUCCCUGCAUAUGUGCAGCAAUGCCCAACAAGAUAACCAUCCUUCGCUACAAUGACAAUCUCAAUAAAUACUGUAUUCGUAAGGAAAUUGAAACUCUGGAGCCGUGCAGCUGCAUCUACCUGACCAGCUACAGCAUUAUCAUCGGUACCAACAAGUUCUACGAGAUUGAAAUGAAGCAAUUUGUUCUUGAGGAGUUCCUGGAUAAGAACGACAUGUCUCUGGCCUCGGCCGUCUUUGCAGCUGCGUCCCACAGUUUCCCCAUCGCCAUCAUGCAGGUGGCAGGCAGCCUGCAGAAAGAAGAGUAUCUGCUGUGUUUUCAUGAGUUUGGAGUGUUUGUGGACAGGUACGGACGAAGAAGCCGGACUGAGGAAAUCAAGUGGAGUCGCCUCCCUCUGUCCUUUGCUUACAGAGAGCCAUAUCUGUUUGUCACCUACUUCAACUCUCUGGAUGUGGUGGAGGUUCAGGGACACUCCACUCUGGGUCCCACCGUGCUGGCCCAAUUGGACAUCCCCAACCCUCGCUACCUGGGCCCAGCCAUCUCCUCCGGGGCCAUUUAUUUGGCCUCAUCCUAUCAGAACAAAUUGAGGGUCAUCUGCUGUAAGGGCAGUCUGAUCAAAGAGUCUGGAGAGCUGCAGAGGAGUGGAUCCAGCCGAGGCAGUCCUACCAAGCGAUGCCCGCCCACCUACACCGAGCACAUCACCAAGCGUUUGACCUCUGGACCUGGCAGCCAUGACGGUCUUCAUCGGGAGCCCAGCACUCCCCACCGCUACCGCGAGGGAAGGACGGAAUUCAGACGGGACAAAUCUCCUGCCCGACCGCUGGAAAGAGAGAAGUCACCCGGCCGGGUGUUGGACAGUCGUAGGGAGAGGUCACCUGGGAGAUUUGGGGAGAGCACGCGUCUCCAUGCUGGCUCCGUCAGAACACAGUUGGCUCCUGUAAAUAAGGUUUGGGACCAGUCAUCUGUGUGAACCCAUUUCUGCUUAUGACAAAUUUUCAUGACAAGCUCGACCUUUACACACACACACAUACAUUCACACACACACACACACACACAAACCUCAGGCUGACUCUCAGCCUCAUUGCCUGUACAUAGUGCAGACAGGGUUCCUCUCUGAACGGCUUCAAACUUGCUGUAUGAAAUGUCUCCUGGGACAAUCGGCUGUUUUUGAGUCGUUUCUUUACUGGGAUCGUUGGCAGGGAACAUGAGUUGAUCUACAGAUAAGGAGCAUCUACUUUAUAAUAUACAGUUGUCUAAGAUGUAAAUAGGGCUCUGUGGUUUUUAUAGAUAAAGGGCAUAGUGGGCUGGUGAAGCCAUGUCUAUUUUUUAUUAAAAAUGAGUUUCUAAUCUGAUGCCGCAGGGACAGAAUGAUAAUGUCAGUGGAUGAGAAACAGAUGAGAUUCCUGAUGACGUCAUCAGGAAUCUGAAAGUGUUCAGAAGAUCAUAGAGACAGACUCUGGGAAAGAAACACUUUGCACAUGAGAUUGGAUUUGAACAGGAGUUAAAAAUCUCCUUCUUGCCUGACCAGUCUUUUUUCUUGGUAUCAGAUGUUUGAUUCCAUUCAUCUUUAAAUAUGUUUCUCCACAUGAUUGCUUCACUGACAAUCGUCGUCUGGCCUCACUUUGCACAAAGCAAUUAUUAAGCAAUGUUUUUUGCUCCAAGUGUUUCUCGUGUUGUUUUUUUCUUUAAGGCAAAAAAGAAGAAAAUUUGCUGCUCUGUCACUGAUGCGGGACGUUGCACGGUCCGGCCUCAGGGGACGCUGCCUCAGCUUGCUCUAACUCUGCUGCUGCUGACUAUGGUAGAAAUUAUGUCCUGUUUCUGUGCAGUGGUUUAAAAGUCUAAAUAGUUGUCAGGGGUCGUCACCGCUUAGCAUCGUUUCUUUGGAGCUGACCAAAUUCUCCAUUUGUCACAUCGGGCAGAGCAUGACUAAUGUAGAGCAACUUUUCAAUCUCGACUUUCUCUUCUUUGCUCCUGUUUUGUCAUUUAUCCAAUGGAAUUUGCAUUCAAUUAGUAGAUUUUGAUGUUGGUGUUGAUUUUCAAUGUUGUAUACCAAGUUACAUGCAUUAAAACAACUGAAACCAUU